GUUGUGUUUCCGCCUUUGCUCAGCGCAUGCGCACGGAAGAGUCGCCCGUCCGAGGCAUUUGACGAACAAACAUUUCGUGACUGUCAUUCACGAUGGCGCAUUACAGAGCCUCCGAGUCGAAGCGAGAGCAGUUCAGGAGAUAUCUGGAGAAGGCCGGAGUCCUCGACAGUCUCACCAAUGUUUUGGUGGCUUUGUACGAGGAAACGGAGAAACCCAACAAUGCCUUGGACUUCAUCAAGCAUCACCUGGGCGUCGCAGGGCCGGAGGAGGACGACUCCGAGACUCUGCGUCUGGAACUGACCGACUUACAGAAGAAAUACGAGCAGCUCCUGGCCGAAAACACGGAUCUGAGGAACCGGCUCCUGCAGUACGAGCCAGCGCAGGAAGAAGCAACAGAAUAAAACCUCGUUGCCAUUUUGAAAUGUAUUUUUUUGCAUUUGUAAAAAAUAUUAUUUGUUCCUUAGUGUUUGUUUUGUAAUACAAUGUCUAAGAAGUGACAAUUUAUGUUCAAGUUUGUGCCUGAUAUUUAAUAAAAGUAUUUUUUGCACCGUU